CUUGUUUCUCAUUUAACGCUCCAUCCCUCAUAGUCAGAGGGAUCGAUCUUCAUGUGUACGUUCGGCUACGUACAAAUAUUUUCGAUCUUUUUGUUUUAUUUUAAUGUGCACAAUUGAUAGUGAUUUACUAAUUAUUUUAUUUUUUCACAUUGAACGAUUAAGAUAAAUAGAACACAAUGUUGAGCACAGCAGCACAGAAAUUGCAAUUCUUGUACAAGCCGUACGCAUUAGCCAUAGUUUCAGUUGGAUACGUACUUGGAGAGCUAGGUCAUUACUUAAUUGGUGUUACAAGCAAAGCGACAGCGGAGGAUCUCCACUAUGGUGAUAUUUCUUGUCAAUUAAAUUCGACCACGUUAGCGAUUAUUGAUCUACCGAUUCAGUGUGAGGUGGCCAAAAAUGAAAGUUUUUGUGUGUCCCUGGAACUGAAUGGGACCAGCUAUUGCGAAUGGAACUAUAAUGGCCUUGGUCUCGACUAUCAAAUACUAGCUGGUCCGAGUUUCAUCGCCGUUUUCACGAUUAUAGGUGUUGCUUUGGGUAUCGCGGCCGAUAAAUAUAACAGAGUGAAAUUAUUAACCAUUUGCACGCUGGUAUUCAGUAUCGCUAUCGUUUUAAUGGGAGCAGUAAAAGAAUAUUGGCAAUUGGUUAUUCUACGUAUGGUUUUAGCAGCAGGGGAGGCAGGAUGCAAUCCCUUGGCUACGGGUUUACUUUCCGAUUGGUUCCCAGAGGAGCAAAGAGGACUCGUUAUGUCAAUAUUCAAUUGGGGCAUUUAUGGUGGUUAUGGCAUUGCAUUUCCCGUUGGCCGUUAUAUUCCAAAAUUAAACAUUGGAAAUUUGGGUUGGAGAGCAUGCUACUAUGGAGCUGGUAUAAUCGGAUUGAUCAUAGCUGCUCUUACUUUUACACUUUCUGAACCGGAAAGGAAGACGAUCGGCGAGGAAGGAACAAACGCCGAUGGGAAAAAAGUACCAAUUUGGAAAGUGAUCUUACAACCGAGGAUAAUAUUAUUAUGCUUGGCUGCCAGCAUCAGACAUUGCGGUGGUAUGUGCUUCGCCUACAAUUGCGAUCUCUACUAUAGAGAUUACUUCCCCGAUUACGAUUUGGGCUGGUGGUUGUUCGCAGUUACCAUAGUGAUCGGUAGCAUUGGUGUUGUGGUUGGUGGAGUAAUUAGCGAUAAAUUCGUUGCGAAAAUGGGUAUUAGAUCGCGGGUAGCUGUUCUAGCCAUUAGCCAAAUAAUUGCUACACCGUUUGCUUUUGGCUCUGUAUAUUUCAAUCCUUUAUGGGCUAUCAUUACUCUUGGAAUUUCAUAUUUUUUCGCCGAAAUGUGGUUUGGAAUCGUAUUUGCAGUGGUUGUAGAAAUAGUUCCUCUUCACUUUAGAUCGACCACUGUUGGUGCUUUCUUAUUCGUUAUGAACAAUAUCGGUGGAAAUUUACCGAUACUCGUCGAACCAACCAGAAUGGCUAUCGGUUUCCGAGAAUCUCUUUAUAUUUAUUACGCUGGUUUCUAUGGUAUUAGUUCUAUCAUGUUCUUUCUAACAAUGUUCUUGAUGGAUGGAGCUGUUAAAGAAGAACCAAAGACGGAAAUUAACAAUAAAUUUGGAUAUGAUAAUAACAUAUUCAUUAAUGACGAUGGACGAGUAUCGACUUUAGAACUUCCGCGAAUAUAUCCACCACCACCACAUCGAUUUGAAAAUUCUAAGUUAUAGAAAAAUAUCAUUUCCAAAGAUCCAACUUGUAUAUAAAUGAUUGUUUGUGAAAUGAAAAAAAUCCAUGUGAAUUUAAGUGACUGUAAUAUAUUUAUUGGAAUAAGUUCGACUUCAAUAAUAGUUACAUUUUGAUUCUUCUUUUAUAAAAUAUAAAUUACAUAAUAUUCACAAUUUUAAGUAAUAGACAUAAAAAUUUUCAAAUGUUUUAUAAUUAAUAUUUUAGAAGAUUUAAAGCUCCAUAUCUUUGUAAUAAUUUUAAUUUUAUAAAUAUCAUUUUAAUGUUGUUAAAAUGAUAUUUUGUAUAAUAUGAUUGAUUUUGAAUAUUGUAAAAUUAUUUUUUGAUAAAAGAAGCCCAAAAUAAAUUUUUAUUUAUUGUUAUAUUAUUAAAAAACAACUUGUUAAAUAUACAUAUGUUUAUGUGUUUUCAUACAAAAAUACAAGUUCGAACAUAUAUACACGAACCAUCGUGUAAUAUGCGGUAUAUGAUAGAUUUAUCAUUAUACUAUUUUUUUUAUGUACAAAUUAUUUAAUAUAAAUAAAAAAGAUUUUUUAUUUGUAAUGUACAAAAUAGUCGGUAAACCAUCCUUGAUACUUCAAGGCUCAAUAGAUUUAUGAAAUAUUAUUAUUGUUUGUAUAAUAUAUUUAAAGAUGUGUAUGCAUAUAUGUUUUAUAUACAUAUAUUUAUUUACGAAAAUACUUUGAAAAAUUUAUCAAUAAUAAAUAGUUCAAGUGUUAUACG